AUGAAGAAAGUGACUAUGAAAGCACACCAUCUACCUUCUGUUUCCAUCAACGAGGAGAAGGUUAUAACCAGAGAGCAGCUCAGUUCCCUUCUGAAGACCUAUAACUCUUACUAUUCCGAUCAAGAGAAUCUGCAACUGUCAUAUAAUCAGGACGAAGGAAGCAAACCAUUUAUUGAAGGCAUCUUGUCGAUAUUUUGGGGAGUCCGACAUCCUAUCCGAUUAAAAAUUCAGGAUGAGAAGCAGAUACCCUCUUUCGUAACCCUCAAGUCAACUGAGAGUGUGGGUUUGUUCCCAAGUAAAAGGGGAAUGACACGCUGGGGAGAAUUUGAUGACCUGCAUCACAUUAGUGGGGAGACGCUGAAAUCUACUGAAGAGAAGCCAAACCUCGAGACAAGUUACUGCAGGUACGAAAGCCGCCCUCUGAGGUCUGGCAGCGAGCAGGAACAUGACUGCGCUACCCUGCCUCGGGCCGUCAGCACGGCCGUGCGCAGGAGGACCAAGCUCCCCACCAUAGCCAGGACCGAAGAGGAAACUCACAGGUUUUCAAUUAACGGCCACUUCUACAACUAUGAGACCUCAGUUUUCACUCCAGCUUUUGGAUCAGAAACCAAAAUAAGAAUCAACAGCCAGAUGAGAACGAGACAAGUGAUAGAACAAUUGCUUCGGAAGUUCAAGAUAGAAAACAGCCCCCAUGAAUUUGCACUUUAUAUUAUCCACGCGUCCGGAGAGAAGAAGCAGCUGAGGAGCGGAGAUGUUCCCUUACUGCACAGACUCUUGCAGGGGCCCGCAGAGAAGGUUGCCAAGUUUUUUCUCAUGGACAGGGACGUGGAGGAGAUCAGCAGCGAUGUUGCUCAGUACAUUCAAUUUCAUCUCCCCUUUUUGGAAUCGAUUCUUCACAGAAUAAAUGAAGAAGAGCAGCAGGAGAUUCAACAGACAGUUGCAAGGUACCUCAAAGAGAAGAGCAUCAUCUGUCAGCACCUGCACGAUCGAACUGUUAAAAAAACAGAGACUACUGUUUGA